AUGGAGAAGGGGAUCCGACAAGGGGAUCCUCUUGCACCAUUUCUCUUCUUGGUGGUAGCGGAAGGGCUGAAUGGAAUCAUGAAACAAGCAGUGUUAACCAAGAAUUUCCUUCCACUAUGUAUUGGUAAGAAUGAAAAGGUAGAUGUGUCUCUGCUUCAAUUUGCUGACAAAAUGAUGCCCAAAGGUGUGUUAAAGCAAUGCAAGCAAAUUAUGUCUCUUUUUCUAUGGGGAGGGUCUGAUGAAGAUCGGAAGGUAGCAUGGGUUAAUUGGGAAGAUCUUUGCAACCCAAAGUCAGCGGGUGGGCUCGGGAUUAGAGAUUUGGAAUGUUUCAAUCUAGCAUUAUUGGGAAAGUGGAGAUGGGGCUUAAUGCUUGAGAAGGACCAACUUUGGUGCAAAGUUCUUUAUGCAAAAUAUGGGGAUGGUCAAGCAAAGAAAGUGUCAAUUUGGUGGGCUGAUUUUCUGAAAUCUUGUGUUGGUUCAGAAGCAAAUUUUUGGUUUGAAAACGCGGUUAGCAGGAGAAUAGGGGAAGGGGAUGAUACUUGGUUUUGGAGGGAAGACUGGUUUGGGAAUGGUAAAUUUUGUGAUAUGUUUGCUGAUCUAUUUCAGGUCUCGGCCCAACAAGAGUUGAGGGUGGUGGAGAUGGGUUGCUGGGAAGUAGAUAAAUGGCUCUGGAAUUUACAAUGGUCAUGUAGGUUGGAUGAUGGCUGUGUAAAUCAACUGUCAUCUCUUCUAAAUAUUUUGUCAUCCUUCACCCCAAUUAGAGGUCAGAAGGAUAGAUGCUGUUCCUUGGCUGGCCAAAGAUCAUCUGCUGCAGUUUGUGGGUCUUGGGCCAUCGAAAGCAAGGGUUGGUCUGUUGGUGAUUUGGCUGGCAGUUAUAUGGCAAAUCUGGGUGGGGCGAAAUGCAAAGUUGUUUAG